AUGGCAGAAGCGGAAAGGCCCGCGUUCCAAAUCAUUGUCUUGGGCCCCAAUGGCGGUCCCCGGGAAGACAGUGUGACUGGUCUUCUCGUGCGAUCAACAUCGAUGAACUGGUCCCCCGAUUCAGUAGUGGCCGUAGAUGCGGGAACUCUGCUUGCGGGGAUUAUUCGCGUACUGAAAAACUUCCUACCGGAUUCCAAAGACGACGAGGGAGUCAUGACGGCCGGCCCCUUCAAGGGUCUUCAGCUGCCGGCCCAAAGCGCAGAAGCCAAUGCUGCUCAUAUCUUCCGAGAGAUCAUUGGCGCCGUCUUGAUCACCCAUCCUCAUCUGGAUCACAUUUCGGGGUUGGCAAUCAACACGCCAAUCUUGGAAGCGGGAAAUGGACCUAAACCUGUCGCGGCUCUGCCGUCGGUACUUUCUGCGAUUAAAAACCACAUGUUCAACGAUAUUAUCUGGCCGAAUCUGUCAGAUGAGGAUGGUGGCGCUGGCUUGCUCACAUACCAACGCUUGGUGGAGGGCGGAAACACUAGGUUUGGUAGCGGAGAGAGCAGGGGCUACGUUCGUGCCUGCAAUGGCCUCUUGACCAAGUGUCUCGGUGUUAGCCACGGUCGUUGCAAACAGCGAUACCAUCCCGAGUCUGCCGCGCAUCACAGAAUCGGCAGUGCUGUCUUCCCCUCUGAUCAGUUGAUGCUACCCUCGCGGGCAGUUUCUAUUUCUAUGGAGCAUGCCGAUGGAAGCUUCUACUCCCCAGCUCGCUCGCCACGGCUCCUCCCAGCCAAUGCAAAAGAGCCUAUGAUGGCCACCGUUGAAAGCUCUGCAUUCUUCCUCCGCGACCACCGCACCGGUAAAGAGAUUAUCGUAUUCGGUGAUCUCGAGCCGGACACUAUCUCCCUCGAACCACGCAACAAACGCGUCUGGGAGGCCGCCGCCCCCAAAGUCCACGCAGGCACACUCCGGGCUAUUUUCAUCGAGUGCUCUUUCAGCGAUAGCAUCGACGAUGCCUAUCUCUACGGCCACCUGUGCCCUCGACACAUGAUAGCCGAGCUAAACGUCCUCGCCGCCAAGGUAAUGGCCCUUCGCGACCCGGUACCAGCGCCCGACAAAAAGCGCAAGCGACAAAAUACCAGCUUCGGCGAUAACGUAGGCAGCCCCGUCAGUCCACGAACAAAGCGGGGCUCUAACCCGUCCAUCGAAAAGGAGUCAAAAGUGGAACCUCGCUCGGGUGAAUUUUACGUUCCAGAUCUCUCGGAAAGCUUCAAUGAUGGCACCGACAGUAAGGAUGUCGACCUGCCUAAUAUUGUGAGCUGGGCUGAUGCCGAUCCCUUGCCGUUGACUGGGCUGUCGGUGUAUGUUAUUCAUAUUAAGGAGAAUUUGACGGAUGGGCCGCCUCCCGGGGAACAGAUUUUGAGGGAACUUCAGGAACAUGCUCAGGAGGCGCAUUUGGGCUGUGAAUUCUUUCUUCCGAAUCCGACUGAGGGUAUAUGGGUUUGA